AGAGCAAAAUAUAAAUGGGGAAGAGUAGAGUUCUAGUGGUGGGGGCAAGUGGGUAUAUCGGGCGGAGGAUUGUGAAGGCGAGCUUGGCCGAGGGUCAUGAAACCUAUGUCCUUCAACGCCCGGAGAUAGGGCUUGAUAUCGAAAAGCUGGAGACCUUGUUGUCAUUCAAGAGGCAAGGGGCUCGUCUAAUUGAGGGAUCGUUUAAUGAUCAUAAAAGCUUGGUUGAGGCUGUUAAGCAAGUCGAUGUUGUUAUUUGCACCAUGUCUGGUGUGCAUUUCCGCAGUCACAAUCUUCUGUUGCAGCUCAAGCUUGUGGACGCCAUCAAAGAAGCUGGGAAUGUUAAGCGAUUUUUGCCUUCAGAGUUUGGUAUGGAUCCAGCGCUGAUGGGACAUGCACUGGAACCAGGAAGAGUAACAUUUGAUGAGAAGAUGACAGUGAGAAAGGCAAUUGAAGAGGCCAACGUCCCCUUCACCUACGUUGUUGCCAACUGCUUUGCUGGUUACUUUGCUGGCAAUCUUUCCCAACUCGAAAGGCUCACUCCUCCUAAAGACGAGGUUUUUCUUUAUGGUGAUGGAAAUGUUAAAGUGGUUUACAUGGACGAAAACGACGUUGCCACAUACACCAUCAAAGCAAUAGAUGAUCCCAGAACAUUGAACAAAACAUUGCACAUAAGGCCACCAGAUAACAUUCUAACUCAAUCACAGCUUAUCCAGAAAUGGGAGACCCUUUCUAGGAAGAAACUGCAAAAAAUCAGCAUUUCCGCAGAUGAUUUCCUAGCCUCCAUGAAAGGUCUGGACUUGGCAGGGCAGGUAGGGGUAGGGCAUUUCUACCACAUAUUCUACGAAGGAUGCUUAACAAACUUUAAAAUAGGCGAAGGAGGUGAAGAAGCGUCAAAGCUUUAUCCCCAAGUGGAGUACACCCGCAUGGAGGAUUACUUGAAAACUUAUGUUUAAAUUAAAUGAUAUCACCAAAAUAAAUAAUGGAUAUACCAAAUCCUCGAGGAUGCAUAUGUAUUUUAAGAUGGACUCGUGCUCACCUUAAAAUUCAAAUUUUUUAUGUUAAUUGUUUAUUUUAUUAAUUAUUACUAUAUUAAAAUUUUA